AUGGAAGCUAUAGGUCAUGCUGGAACAUGUCUGGGCAUCAUGGCCUCUGAUGGAAUCCUCCUGGCUGCAGAGAAACGCAACACAAACAAGCUCCUAGAUGAGGUUUCCUAUUCUGAGAAAAUUUACCUUCUUUAUGAGGACAUGGCUUGCAGUGUGGCAGGAAUCACGGCCGAUGCUAAUGUCUUGACAAAUGAGCUUCAACUGAUAGCUCAGAGGUACAUUCUCCAGUAUCAAGAACCUAUACCUUGUGAACAAGUAGUGUCCAGCUUAUGUGACAUCAAGCAGGCGUACACCCAGUUUGGAGGCAAGCGUCCAUUCGGUGUGUCCAUCCUCUACAUGGGCUGGGACAAGCACUACGGCUUUCAACUGUACCAGAGUGACCCAAGUGGCAACUAUGGAGGCUGGAAGGCAACAUGUAUUGGAAACAACAGUGCCAAUGCCAUUUCCCUGCUGAAACAAGAGUACAAGGAUGAAGAUUCUCUGAAACUGACCAAUGCUCUAGAUCUGGCCAUCAAAGUUCUCAGCAAAACUCUGGACAUGACCAAGUUGACCGCUGACAAAGUGGAGAUUGCUACACUGACACGGAAAGACAACAAGACGAUUGUGCAUAUUCUUCAAGACAGUGAGGUGGAUGUUCAUAUCAAGAAAUAUGAAGAAGAGGAAGCACGACUGGAAGCAGAGAAGAAGAAAGAGGCAGACAAGAAAAAAUCAGAAUCAAGUGGCAAGUAA